GCGCGGUGAACUCCGUGCAUCCGCAGUGUGCGAUAUUGCAGACCGCGCGGGUACGGUCCGCCAGUUAGUAUGCGCUCGCACGGGCUCGAGCGUGGUCGAUCGCGGAUCGUCCAGAGGAGCGAGGCGUGCCGCCCGCGAUGGAGCUGCGCGAGGUGAACCGCGCGUACGGCACUGCGGAGGAGACAACCGAGCUCCUGCCGCAGCGCGACAACACCGAAUACGAGAGCUACUUCAUCGAAUACGCGAUGCAGAAGGAGAUGAUCAAUCGCAACCGAUGCCCCGCGAGUCGACGAUUGCUCAGCCAGGCCGCACAUUUGGACACUUUUUCCAAUAGCAAUCAUCUCAAGGAUUCACCAUGUGCCGGAAUCAGCAUGAUCCACACGUCAAGCGAGAACUGGCCGCCCUCCAGGAAACGCGAGGAAGCGACGGCUUUGGAGAACCUCAGGAAGAGGGUAGAACAGAGCAAAUUAUACAAGGCGGAACGAAUCACCGAUCCGGUUGUAUCCACUUCUUCCUCACUAAACUAUGAACAAACUCAACAAUUGGACAAUCGGCCGAAACUUCUGAAGAAGAUACUCAGCAACCGACCGAUGAGUAUCACGCACGAUAGGAGCGAUUUGGAGACCGACUGGCGUGACAGCGAAUUCAUCACCGAAUGCCUUUGCUGGCACAACGUUUAUCGGCAACGGCACAACGCACCUCCGUUGACCAUGUCACCCCAGUUGUGCGAAUACGCUCAGUCGUGGGCGAAUCACCUGGCGCAUACGAACACGUUCUACUACAAGAACGACCGGAACGUGGGUCAUAAUCUUUAUUGUCGUCCCGGUGGCGGUGUUCCUGGCGACGUCACGGGGCAGGAAGUCGCGUCGUACUGGUACUCCGCCGUGAAGCAAUACGACUUCCUCAAGGAACCGGAUAUUCUUCACGCUAACGUAAACGCAGGUCACUUCACCCAGUUGAUAUGGGCGAGCAGCCGCUACUUUGGGGUCGGCAAGGCGUGCAGCAGGAGUGGCAAGGUGAUCGUCGUGGCAAACUACGAGCCAGUAGGUAACGUGUCCGGCCAGUUCCAGAAUAACGCGCUGCCGCCGUUGCCGGAGAACAUGAACGUGCUGUCGCCGCCUUUGGUGCGCGUGUCACGUGGCCAGUAUGAGUUGCUGAGGUCGACGGCGCAGUUGCCGCCGCCGCUGCAGCCCCCCUUGUCGGACACCGUGUCCACCGGCAGUGAUACAACGUCCAUCAGUUCAGGCCAAUAAUACCACGGCCGUGCGAAAUGCCUUUUCUGUAUCUGCGCGCGUUGGGCCGGACGUUGAAUGAACGGGUCCUCUUCCUUUUUCGAGGACCCUAUUGUUCACCGACCCUCCGCGCGCCGCGAGUCAAAGACUUCGGACAAGCGAAACACGAUGAUCGAGAUCUCUGCCAACUCGGUGGCAAACUCAAUAGGCGAUCGAUUCAUUAAGAAAUGAAUUGAGAUGGCAACGAUAAAGUAUCUGCUUUAUUACCCGGUAAACUUCUAGCAGAAAUGUCGGUCAUCAGGUUUUACUGCCUUCAAUUACAGCUUGCAAAAGCAGUGAUAAUCAAAGAAAUAUAUACCGAGCUUCGAUGAUGAUUGAUAGCUGAUAGUGCACGAUGCUCGAUUAGAUCGAGCAGUACGAUCUGCGAUCUCGUUAUAGACAGUGGCGUAACUAUUGGCUUACUCAUGAGCUCUGCGUGAGAGUAAAAAAUAUGCCAUGCAAAAGUAGAACAAGAACAGAAUUAAAUGAAAAAGGAUUAGAAAGCGAUUACACAAUCAAAAUUCUCUUAGCACUAGUACAAUAACAAGCUAAUUAACAUUAAGAUAGUAUAAAAUUUUGUUGUUCUCUCUCGAUGAGGCUUCCAGUUAUUUUGUCGUGAGAUCAAAUUUUUUCAGAGUUGCGUCACUGUCGAUAAUGAGCAAUAGAAGCUCAAAUUUAGAAAUGCUAUACAUUAUUUCCGAUUUGGGAAAACACGUUAGAAACGAUCGGAAGAUAGCUGCGUGAUUCGUUUUGAGGUUCUUCUUUAGUUUAUUCGCUCAUUAUUCGUUGCAUAUCAGAUGCAAAGUGAAAGCUGAGAAUGCUCAGAACACCAAAGAGAAUACUCUACAUGCCUAUUUUAUACAUCGGUUUAGAGUCGGCACUUGUUUAAGGGACUCAUAGCUGUAGUUACGUAAGGAUAUAUAGCAGUAUAUGAUAUAAUUCGAGAAGCUGAAGUGACGAAUCAUGCCUAGCAAGGAUAUAUGAUACUUUGCACAUACCUUUCCGUCCUAUUAUACUAAAAAAUCAAUCGUUUUGCGGAAUGGGCGUUAAAUUUCUUAGCGUUUUUUAGUGCUAAUGAACGUUCCUAUUGAAUGACGAAGAUUAGCACAUUCCCCAGAAGUUCGACCGGGGAAGAUAAAUUGAAAUAAAAAUCAAGAACUCAAAGAGAACAAUCUCGCAUGCGAGACUACAAUCAUGCUCUAAGUUGCUCAGAAGAAUUCGUUAAAUGUUAAUUCUAGAACGAGAGCGGUUAAAGGAGACUUAAUUUCAAUCGAAUUAAAAUAAACAGAAAGAAAAUAGAAUAAAAUAGAAUCAGAUUUAAUUUUAGAUCAGAAAUGUAAAAUCAAAGGCAAGGAAAGUCUCUUAUAUUUGCAUUUACAAUCCAUAUUCAAUGCUAAAAUUUGUUCUAGGACAAAUCACGUGAACGGGAUAAAGAUUUUGUUUAAUUGACUAAUCUAAAUAAUAUGAGAAAAAUAUAUUCGUUCGAAAGUUACGAUUACGUCACAACGAACAUGUCUCAUUUUUGUGGUAGCAAGAACAGACAUAGAUACGUAUAUUAUUUAUAACUGAAAAGUCUGCCAGAUUAUUGAAAUUAUUAAUAAUUAUUAGAGAGGCGAUUAGCUAACAUCGAUGCAUUACGUUUAGCUAUUUUGUCGAUAUUAUACAGUGCGUUAUGAGAACUUUCUCUUUUCCGAGUUACUUUCAAAAUAGAACAACAAAAAAAGAAAAGGAUAUAAAAACGACUGGAAAUAACAAUUGAAGAAAGAUCUUUAGAUAAACUCUACCAAACAUUAUAUAGUUGCUUCGAAUGUUGUUGCAGCGGUUUAGUGCGUUCAAUAAUCAAUGAAAUACGUGACGAUUGUGUAAGAUAAUUAUAUGCUUACGCACAUACAGCGAGAUUGUUUAUAAGAUAAUCAAUUAUUAGGAGAAGAUGUCUUAAGUGUGCAACUUAUCGCAAUUUUACAUAGCGAAAGCGAACUUGCAGCAAUUUUUGUAAUUCGACCCUGUUGGACCUUUUGAUGUGCUAGAAAGUAUAUAGAUAAAGUAUAUAGAUUGUUAUAAAAGACAAGUCAUUUUUCAUGGAUAUAUAUUGUUGUAAAAAAAAGAAAAAUUAUUUUUCGCGCGCGCAGUAAGAUGCUAGUAAAAUUCGCUGUUUUAAAUCUAGAAAUAAAACGUACUAUAUAAAAGCGUGUAAAUUAUAAGGAGUGAUAUAUUUUAGCUCUUUACACUCUAGAUUUUCGCUGACAUAAAAUCAAUCAUGUAUAAAAUAUUGUAAGAAACGACUUAUUUAAUUGAAUUAUUGACAGUUUAUGUAUAUAUAAAAUUGUAUUUUAUGUAAUUUAAUGCGAAUUGUAAUGUGAAAUUGUGCUAAGCUAACGGCAUAAAUUAAUGUGCGUUCGAUAAUAAUGAUUAUAACAUAGCGCACAGGGAUAAAUAAUAAUGAAUGCUCGAUGUGAUAAAUAGUUAAAAGGCUUCUGUUAAUCUAAGAACAUUUAAAUCAAAUUACGAAAGGAUCGACAGGAUCGAAAUGUUGCUCAUCGCUUUUGAUUUCUUUUUUUAUCCGACACAUGCAAACUGUCAAAAGUUUACAAGUGGAAUAUUAAAAAUGCGUGUACGCUCACCUGUUGACAAUCGAUACUGAGACGUCGUUUCAUUUAUGUAUAUUAAAAACGUUAAUGUUACACGAAAUGUACAAAAAUUUAUAUUUAUGUACACAAGUUCUUUUCAGAAACAAAAGUUUAAUUUUAGUGAUGGAUUUAUUGACGAUUUCAAUUAUAAAGUUUCCUUAGCUGUUUUGUUUUUAUUUUUAAAAUCAAAUGCCUUAGUAAUUAUAUGUCACGUGUAAAGCUUCUGUAAAGCUUCUUCUUAAUAAGAGAAAUUUAUCAUCAAAACUUGAAUAGAGGAAUAUAAUAAUGUGUACUUUGUGCGCAUGAAUCUACAAUGGCAUUAUUCGCGCUUUACUGUUUAUAAAAUUAUAGCAAUCGCAGAAAGUAAAAUACGAGAAAUGCAUAAAGAAAGAAAUGCAUAUAUACUAUCAUUUUGUUAUGCAUAUUAUUAAUAUUUUAAUAUAGAUUUUACCAUUGUUGAUAAUAGAAUGCAUAGAUCGGAUCUGCCAGAAGGAGCUCAUGUAGUUUAUAGCUAGUUUUUGGUAAUGUUAAGUCCCCAAUAAAAAUCUACUUCGUUAUUGACACCUGUUAACAGAUUGACAUGUUUAGAAAUAAUAGACAUCAAAAACUAAAAGUGGAACGACGUUAACGUACUCGUUAUUGUUAAGACGCAGGACUUAGCCUUAACGAAUGAAUUAAAUGCAUCGCAACCCGACGUGUUUUAUAACGAUGAAUGUUAAUAAAAUUAUCUCUUUGCAGAAA